UCUUGUUAGGUGGCUUUAUUAUGCUUCAAGUUGAUUUGAGCUGUGUUUGUUCUUGUUACACUGAGCUGCAACUUGAGCACCCACAAAGCGGUCCAGCUCCCUCAGACCGGACGGAGAUGUUGACUUACAGCAAGUGAUAAUCCAACCCUCAUUUUCACAUAUUCUCAAGUCCACGUUACUUUUAAAUUUGAGGGCCUCCCAUCUGAGAGAGGAAGGUUUUUCCACAGUACUGGCACAGGUCAGCAACCAAGAAGAAGAGUAAGGAGUGUCAAAUCCCGGUGGAAUCCCACCAGGGACGCACAGACCAACUGAAAGGGACAGCGCAGAUCCAUCCCAGCCGAGCAGAGAUGGCAGCCGGGACGCAAGGUGCAGCCGUGUGUGGGAAGGGGUGCGGGUGCAGCAGUGGGGUGUCCUGGCAAAGCAGGGCACGGAGAGGAGCAGGUCGGCACGGGGAGGAGGGGAGCAUCCUUGGGGGGGGACGCUAGGCUGGAGCAGGAGCUGCAGAAUGGGCGAAGGAAAAGGGGGGGAGCAGGGGAAGGAGGCAGGGCAGUAUAAAAGCAUCCGACACGUACCUCUCCCGACACAGAGCGAGGGGGCGAGAAAGUGGGUCUGGAAGAAGCAGCAGCAGCAGCAGCAGCAGCCAGGAGGAGCGGCAGCCGCUUGCAAACACGCACGCACGGUGGCAGGAGAGAGUGCGGCGCUACCCCUGGCAGCCCUAGGGCACUGGAGGGACGAGAGAGGAGAGAUGGAGCCAGGGCUGCCCGCAGAGACGCCGCCGGCCUCGGGUACCUGCCGCCCGCCGCCGGGCAGCGCCGGGACUCUGGCCGCCGCCGCGGCAUCCCGCCCCGACGUGGCUCCGCCGUGGUGCGGCGGCCCCCGCUGCUGCUGCUGCUGCUGCUGCUGCCGCCGCUGCCCCGCGCCCGCCGCCCGCCCCGCCGACGCCGAGAGCGGCGCGGUCCCCGCCGCCCGUCCUGCGGCUCCUGGGGCCGGGGCCGGGGCCGCUCCGGCGGCGGCCCCGGCGGCGGCGGCGGCGGCCGCCGCGGCUCCUCCUCCUCCUCCGCCUCCUCCGCGCCCGCCGCCGCCGCCGCGGGGCCCUAAAGCCGCCCGGCUCAAGAGGAUGGUGCGGCUGGCGGCCGAGCUGCUGCUGCUGCUGGGGCUGCUCCUGCUCACCUUGCACAUCACCGUGCUGCGCGGCGGCGGAGAGCCGCACGCCCCCUCGGCUGCCGGCAACCACAGCCAGCGGCAGAACACACUGACUGCAGAGGACCAUUCUCCUGAAGACAGCUUCACCCUGAACCCCGAGGAGCCACGAGAAUACCCCAAUCUCCAGGCUGCCCACCGGCCGUUCCCCAAGGAGCAGUUCAGGCAGGAGAGCGGGCACACGGCCUUGCAGAGAGAUGGACCCAGGUCUUUUCUCCUGGACCUCCCAAACUUCCCUGACCUGUCAAAAGCAGAUAUCAAUGGGCAGAAUCCCAACAUUCAGGUUACCAUUGAAGUGGUGGACAGCCCUGAGACAGAGGCAGACAAGGAGCUGCAGAAGGAGAGCAGCAAGCCCAGCUGGCCAGCCCCCUCGCCCGACUGGAGGAGCUGGUGGCAGAGAUCCUCCACUCUGACUCGCAUGAGCAGCGGCGACCAGGACUACAAAUACGACAGCACCACUGAGGACAGCAACUUCCUGAACCCUCUGGGUGGGUGGGAUAGCCAUGCCCCCAGCCACCGGGCAUUCCAGUCCAAGGAGCAGCCAGAGUACGAUUACAUGGAUGGUGAGGGCGAGUGGAGCCCCUGGUCCCCGUGCAGCGUCACCUGCGGCGGCGGCAGCCAGAAGCGCACCAGGAGCUGCGGGUACGCCUGCACCGCCACCGAGUCCCGCACCUGCGACAGGCCCAACUGCCCAGGGAUCGAAGACACCUUCCGGACAGCUGCCACAGAAGUCAGCUUGCUUGCAGGGAGCGAGGACUUCAAUGCAACCAAACUGUUUGAAGUGGAUACUGAUAGCUGUGAGAGAUGGAUGAGCUGCAAGAGCGAGUUCCUGAAGAAAUACAUGCACAAAGUGGUCAACGACCUCCCCAGCUGCCCUUGCUCCUACCCCAGAGAAGUUGCCUACAGCACUGCUGAAAUCUUUGACCGGCUCAAGAGGAAGAACUUCCGCUGGAAGGACGCGAGCGGCCCGAAGGAAAAGCUGGAGAUCUACAAGCCCACGGCGCGGUACUGCAUCCGCUCCAUGCUGUCCUUGGAGAGCACCACGCUGGCAGCCCAGCACUGCUGCUACGACGACAGCAUGCAGCUGAUCACCAGGGGCAAAGGGGCGGGGACACCCAACCUGAUCAGCAUCGAAUUCUCAGCAGAGCUGCACUACAAAGUGGACAUUCUGCCUUGGAUCAUAUGCAAAGGGGACUGGAGCCGCUACAACGAAGCCCGGCCUCCCAACAACGGGCAGAAGUGUACAGAAAACCCCUCGGACGAGGACUACUACAAGCAGUUUCAAGAAGCAAGGGAAUACUGAGAAGAUUUUCCUUUUCUUCAGAUGCAAAAUAGCAUUCGUUUCCUGGAUGCCAAAGAACUGGUGAUGGCUGCUGCACUGGCUCCUCCACAGGGGUCGGUCAGUUCCUUUCUAAUGAAUGUACAUAGCUGUAAUAUAAUACGUGAGUAUUUUUCACAGUGUGUGUAAUUUAUAAGCACAUAUCUCUCUGUCUCACACACACCUAUUUUUGCAUACAGACAUACGUAAGUCUCGUCCUGAUAGGAUUUUAUACCGCAAUAACGUUCGUGUAAUAAUGUGCAUUUCAUUUUAUCUCCCAUCUGUAACCUAAUGAAGGGGGUGGGGGGUAGCUGCCAUCACCAUCAGGCCCCGAGGCCCCAGCUGAGGAGGCACAUACUUAAAAGUUGUUAUAAACAAUAGGAUUGAAGAAUGUACUCUUCCAUAUGGGAAUGGUUUACAAGAUUAAUGCACCUACAGCAUCAGUUUUCUCUAUAAUUGGUUUCAUGACCAGUCAUAUCUAUGGAGGGAAGAAUUUUUUUUUUUUUGGAAGGGUAAUAGUCAAAAGUGAAUAUAGAAAAUCCCUACCAAUUUUUCCUCUUGGAAUUCUUCCUGUUACCUUCUAGCUCAGGUAUUUGCAGCCCACCUGGGGUAGGCUUGCAGGAAGAUGUAGCUGUGGUUUUCCUACGGGCCAGAAAAUGUCCUGGUGCAGUGGUUCUGCAAGAGUUACAAGCAACCCCCUCCUGGAGACAUCUCUGAUACGGAGCUGCAGCUGCUGGGGCUUCCAGAGCAGCUGAGAACCUGUGAGCGGAGCAUGCUGCAAGUCUUUGGAGGAGUGAGGGCAGAGAAGGAAUCCAUGUCAAAGGACCAAAAAGAUCUCAGUUCCUUCCCAGUUUUUUAAUAUGAAGAAUGUUUGGAUCUGCUUGUUUCUUUCUUUUAAGAAAAGGAAGUUUUAUUAUUUUAGAAAACAGUAAAACUGGAAUCCACAAGUUCCCUGUGAUGAAAGAUGCAACCAGCCCUUUUCCCCCAUUUUUCUCAUGCUGAGUGCAGUGUCCUACAGCAGAAGCUAUUCUUUAGGGGAAGCUUUCUGGGAGGAACUACUGGUGUCUUAAAGUGUCUUAAUUUUUUUAAAAAAAGCUAGCAUUAUUUUUGUAAAGUAUUUAUUGAAUUGUAACAAUGACUCACAUGUGGGAUGUAUCUCUAACAUAAAAGGUUUCUGUAGAUGGAACUUGAUUUCCAAGAACACAACUGUUGUUAGGCAAAGGUUUUAUUUCCAAAUUUUUAUAAAGUGCAAGUUUACAAACUGUCAUAAAGCAGCUCAUGUCUGCAUUCUGGUGAACGAUUAAAGUUGCACCCCGGGUAAAUAAAUACUUACAGUUCCAUCCUGUGAAAGACUGCCUUGCUGCAAGUCAGUGUGUUCCUUUGGAAAGCCAAGGCUAAAUGUCACUAGAGAAAUGCCUAUUUUGGGGUCAUGGGGUCUGACACACAUUUGUGGAACCUCACACAGAGUUAAAGCUGACCGGCGUCGCAGGCAGUCCGAGCUCAAAGAUUCGAGACAGACAUAGAAGGCCAUUCCCUCUGCUAUUUACAGGCACACAUAGAUGACAUUUAAGGUCCCUUGCAACCCAAACCCUUCUGUGGCUUCCUGUAGAUCCUUUCUGUGUCUCUGUUGGCCUCUGGGGCCAGGCUGGUUGCGAGCUCGCGGGCGGACACGAGCGAGGUGCCCCUGGGCAGGUCCAGCUGUGCGUUGGUCGGCCCAGGUGGUGCCAGCCACGGGUCCAAAGGCAGUCUGGGCUCUGCACACCCAGUCUGAGCCGUGCUGGAGGCUCUGCCAGAUCUGCAGAGCCCCAGCAGUGCGCUCCAGGUCUCCAGAAACGCAGCGGUCCGGGCAGAGCCGCCGCACAUCCGCGCCAGCCACGGCUCCGCUGAGGUCACCUCGGCAGCUGGAAAACUUGGCCAAGGCUUCGGAGCAUCCCAGAUCCAGGCCUGAGCUGGUGGGGAAGACGUGGAUAUGUUCUAGCACAAGCUGGUAGUAACAAAACAUGGUUAGUUGAGAAAGAGGGUAAACAUAGGGAUCACCCCUUAUUUUUUUUAUAGAAACCAGAUUUUGUAAAUACUUGCAAGGUCAUACGAAGGCGCUGCUAGCUCGUGGAGCCAGUUAAAUUGA